UUGCCCAACUAGCAGAUCCGCUCUCCGGUCAAAACACACCUCUCCACCAUGGGCGACGGCGCCGCCUCCCACCCCGCCCGACGCUACAACGGCGAGGACCGCAUCAGCGCCCUCCCCAACGAUCUCCUCGGCGACAUCAUCAACCGCCUUCCCUUUACGGAUGCUGCGCGCACUGCCGCCUUCGCCUCCCAGUGGCGCCAGAUCUGGCGCUCCACCCCGCUCGUCCUGCGUGAUGCCGACGCCCACCUCUCUGAGGCCACGCGCGUCGCCACUGUCGCACGGGCCCUCGCCGACCACCCGGGGCCCUUUCGUACCGUGAGCCUCUUCGGCUGCACAGCCUCCUCCCUGGAUCUCGAGCUCCCAGAGUGGCCGCGCCUCCUCGCCACCAAGCGCAUCGAGAACCUCUCCUUCCUGAACAAGCAAACCCAGCCCCAGACCACCUUGUCGCCCCUCCCUGCUGACAUCCUCUGCUACGGCUCGCUCCAAUCCCUCUCCCUGGCCCUCUGGAAGAUCCCCGAUGACCUCCCGCUCGCCGCCAACGCCUUCCCCAAUCUCCGGAAGCUCGGCUUGGUACGGAACGACACAAGCGACCAGUACAUCCACCGCUUGCUUGCUGCCUGCCCUGAUCUGGAGUACCUUGGGCUCGUGCUCGAUGGUAAGCCCGAGCGCGUCCAUGUCUGCAGCCAAAGCCUCCGGUGCUUGCUCCUUGGGCUGUCCAAGGUGGAGGAGUUCACCGUGGUGGACGCCCCGCUCUUGGAGCGCAUCAUCUUCUUCAAGCCGCCUUAUGGUGGAACCGAUUGCGUGAGGUUCUGGAUUGCCUCGGCACCCAAGCUGCGGGUGAUCGGCUACCUGGAGCCAAGAAUUCACAAGCUGCAAAUCGGUGACAACAUCAUCAAAAGAAAGGGAGCUUUCAGCCUCCGCCAGAGAUGA